CGAGCGUCUCCUUGACACUCGGGGACGGAGAGGUGGUUGCUAUGAUGGUUACCAGGGGAACAGAAAACAGUGAAACUGCAAGACUGAAGAGAAGCCGAGAGCCGAUUAUGUCAGUGGGCAGAAAGGUAAUUCACCAAGACAAGCUGAAAGAGUAAAAUAUGCCUUCAAAGAAAGCAAAAGAAUCUAAACCAGCUAAGGAACCACGCGCAAUCACCAAAGCCUGGGAGCCAGCGCUGCUGGCAGCUCCGAUUGAAGAGGACCACUGGAGGCCAGCUAUCUAUUUUACAGUUGGUGAGAAGAUAGAGAAUGAGUUGUUCUUGGAUGCUCUGGCUGCAGCCAUUAAUGUGCCACUGCGUAAACUCUUCAGUAUCAUUUCAUGGGAAGGAACAAUGAAGCAGGUUGUUGAACUUGGAAAUCCAAAGGGGAAGAGACCAAGCGAACUCCCCAUGUUUUAUGAGGUCACAGAAGUAGCGUGGGAAACGCUUGCUAAAGGGGAGGAGCUUUCAUUGCUACUGCUCUGUGAAAUUGUGAAGUUCCAGAUCCUGUGCAUCAAACAGAAAGACCUUCAAAAAAAAGGAAAUGAUACCAAAGCCUCAGUGGACGAGGAAGUAAUAGCAGCAAGUGCCAACAAGAAAAAAGCAGACAAAAAACCACCAGGCAAAGGAAAAGGCAAAGCAGAAAGAAAAUCUCCAGAACCACCAGUUAGCAGAAGGAAUACCAAGCUGUUAAAGCGAGGUGAAGUGGAAGUUAUAGACAGAUGCAUAAACGAUGAACCUGACGAUGGUCCUCAACACUACAUCAUAAUCCAAGGUUUCCAAAACCUUCAGUUUCUACUCAUGUUGGGAAAACUAAGAAUUGAUAUCUCUGCUGUAAUAAUGAUCAGUUACGAAAAGAACGAAAGUUUCCUGAAACAGGAUGUUACUGAAUCUGAAAAGGAGCCUUCUGAGACACCUGAAGCUACAGCUGUUGAAGACGAUAAUCAACAAAAGGAGGAAACUGACAAGGGCCUGGAGAAUUUUUGGAAGUACCUUGAGCCUGUUCUGAAUAGUGGAAAACCUGGAUCCAAACUGUUUGAUAUAGCCAGACUCCAGUAUACAGUGAAAGAAGCCAUAUUACCACAAGAUUGGGACAAUUAUGACAUGAAGCUGGAGUUUGGUGCAUUGAUAUUUGAAGAUAUUGCCUCCAUAAUUUACGAUUGUGAAGACUGGAAACGACAGCAUCAGAAUUAUCUGCAAAAUACUAAGCUGAUUACAGUGCCAGAAGCUUCAAAGGGUGACGAGACACAUGCCGUUUCAUCCUCAUUUGACAGGAAGAAGUCUGCCACGGCAGAAUUAACAUUUUCUUCAGAAAAAGGUACUUCUACUGCACUGACAGAUAUGCGAUAUUAUAAUGAUCUGAUGAGUCUCUUGCCACUGGAAUGCCUAUCUGUGCCUUUAAUAUUAUACUGUAUACUGGAGCAGGUAAUUGCAACAGAAGAAAGUCUAAUUCCUCCAAGUGAACGUAUUCCAAUACCACGGCAAGAUGGACUGGACCAGAGCCUGAUAGAUUACAUGAUAUCCACCGUGCUUGGCCUUUCAAUGUCCGAAGAUGAGAAACAGAAAAUAAUUCAAGAGCUUAAGGAACCUUCACAGAAGCAAAUAUCGAAUUCAUCCAGACAUACAUCAUUCCAAGUUAGAGACCAGGCAAGUAAUAAAAUCUGACUCUUCCAACAUUUGUCUGGUAAUGCAUGUACCCUGCCUCACCUCUUCAUUGUUCCCUUUUGUUAUUUUAUUAGUUUUCAUGGAGCUAAACCCAACAUCAGAGAUCAUCUCUUCAGUCAAAUUUACAAAGCAGCAAUUCCUCCAGCUGAAGAAACUUCUUCAUCAAUUUUGAAAAAUCCAAAAUCUGUACUUGAGAAAGAACAACAGAUAAUGACUGAAGAGUUAAAAAAGUCUGAACAAAAGAGGUCACAUGAAGAGCUUAAACAGCCCUUGCUUCUUAAUCUCCAUGAUACUUUGACAUGGCGGACACAUCACUUGAAGAUACUACAAGGCUUUGACCCUGCCAAGGUUGAACAGGAAAUGAUGAAAAAACUGUCUUUAGAGAAGUUUCUUAAUUUUACUCAUCCUUCACCUGAGGUUGAUACUAAACGUUUGGCCAGUAUCCAAGAGCUUAUGUACCAUUGCACCAAUGCAAAUAUGACAAGUUCUGAGGUGGAGAAAGCCUUCAAGCAGUUUGUAUUUGAGAGCAUAAAUCUUACGACAGUAAAAGAGAAUGGAGAACUGGAAAAGAAAAAAGACAUGUUGGCCAAAAGUCUUGAAUCAUCAUACAUACCAUGGGAUGACCCUGUCGCAUUUGCAAAAGAAAUGAAACAUCUUAUUACUGUCAAGAAAACGCACAAAAAAAGCAAUUCUGCUUUUGCAGAGAAUAUAUUCACCAACUUUUCAAAUGGUGAAGAAAGUUACCCUUUUGGGUUUGAUAGUAACAAGUCAAAAGAAAACAGCUUGUCAGGAGAAAACAGCAUAGAACGAUCCUGUGCAGUGCGUUUUAAAGAUACUUCUGAAAUAGUUGACAAGGAAAACAGAAGAUGUGGUUCAACAGAUGCUGAAGAUGGAAAGGAUAAAGCUGACAACAUAAAGAUUGAUAUAAAAUAUAUACAAAAGUUACAGCUCCGAUCGCUGAUGGAAUGGAGUUUUGCUGAGCAGCAUGAUCCAUUUGUUUUGAUACAGGUUCUUCAGGAAGCUGCCCCAUUUUAUAGGUGCUUGGAUACAUACUACUACAAACAGGACAACUCUCUACUAUUGGUCUUACAUAACCCCAUGAAUAAAAAGCGCCAGUGUAAUGAAUCCUGGGAAACUGCCCUUCACUCCAAUGUUGGGUUCAGAAAUUACUUGGAACAUGUUGCCUACACAAUUUCAGACUGGGUAGAUGCAGAGGAAGUUAAAUACCAAGCUGAAUUGGCAGCAAAAGAACUGGAGCCUGAGAAAUUGCACAAGCCUCCAUCUGAAAUGUUUCCAGAAUCCAUAUCAUCAGAUUCUGACAAACAGAAAAAGGGAAAGUCUGCUCCUGCAAAUAAACCACACACGAGUGUUUCAAGGCGACCAACUAAAUCAGAAAUUGAAGAAGAAGAUGAGAAAAGUAAUGGAUCUUUCAUUCGAGAAGGAUCACUUAAAGCUUGGAAGAAAGACCAGGAUAAGAUGAAAGAGGAGGAACAAAGAAAGCAAGAUAAAAAAGGCAAGAAAGAGAGACCAAGUAGCAAAAAGAAGGAAGAAACUGUUCACCAAACAGACUCCAAAUCAAGAAGAUUAUCAAAGAAGCCAACGAAACAGGAAAGUCAAAUCAUCAAAGAAGAGCAAGAAACCAUUUCAGAGACUGAACCACAUAUUCAGGAAACAGCAGAGCCGACUGAGAAAUUCUACCAGUUUACUGGCUACAAUUUUGGAAAUGAUUUAAUUCGAGUCUCUGGUGAAGUCAAGUCUCUAUUCCCAUCUGAUGGAGGGCACAUUCAAGUGAAAACCAUACAGUUUUUGCAUGGUUCAACAAUUAUUCAGGUCUGUGUAAUGAAGGACAAGCAUCAAUUCUUCACCUACAUCAAAGAUCCCAUAAAAUAUUUAGAUUACAGUGAAGCAGUUCCGUCAGAAAAAGGAGGGUCUGCAAUGUCUGACACAGAGGAAGAAAGAGCACAAGUCUCCAUCAGCAAGUGUAGAUCUUUCUCUGCUGUCCUCGAUGAUGGAAUAACUAUAACACUCAGCAAAUAUCCUCCUGAAAAGGAACAAAAAAAAGGUGAAGUAAUGUUACACCUCACUGGGCAGUGUGCUGUAAAUCAAGCUGCUCCCGGAGUUAUCACAAAAGUUAAGGAUUUUAUCAAAGUGGAAAUUGAAGAGUCUGAACGAACAGCCCCUUCAGAAGAUAUUCCAGAACAUUCAGCGUUUCUGAAUCUGAAUGCAUGUUCUCCAGAUGGAUUGUUGAUAACAUUUUUCACUGAGAAUUCUAUAGGUAUAAAAAAUGAACGUAUGCCCGAAGAGAGGAUAUUGCUGCGCCAGAGUUAUCCUAUUAAAACUCAUGGCUCCCAACCCUGUGAGGCAGCACGGAAAUGGCCUGCCAUGCAGGAAGCAUCAAGAGUUAUUACACUCCAGGGAACUGUGAUAAAGUACAUGAUGGAUGGAUCCACUGAGAUUCUGUUUGCUGAUGGAACUGUGAGCAGAAGUCCAGAUUCCGGACCUGUCUCCAUUCCCCCAUCAAAUAUAGCAACAAGCAACCAGUUUGAUUUUAUUAAUCAAGAAUCAAAGGAUGAAAAGGAACUAAAAAAAGUAAUCAGUGAAGAAGUGAAUAAGAAAGGAAAGCAUGGUCGUAGAGGAAAUUCCACUUCAAAUAUCAGUGAACCUUCUGUAAUUCAAAUGCAGCCAACAAACAUUGUAGCUGGUACUUGGAUAACUACAACACCAAAAGGUUUAAUAAUAGGAACAAAAGGUACGGAAAUGUUGGAUACAAGAUCCAUCUUAGUCUACAAAGCCACAGAUCCAGGAACUGGAGAAAUGAUGAUUACAAGACAGGACAAAGUAGUAACUGUCUUUGGGAGUGACAGUACUAUAGCGGAACAUGCUGAUGGAACCAGGAUUACAACCUUUUUUGAAGAUAUCCCAAAAACAGAUUAUGCAUUGCAAGAUGAAACUGAGGGAAUCCCACGUAAUAUGACCAGGGACAUUAAAUACAUAAAGGUGGAAUGUGUGGGGUUUGCCACUGUGUUAAUGAACUGGGAAGAGUACACAUGUUGUGCAAUGUUUGGAAAUGGUACAACAAUCAUCGCCAAACCACAGGAGAUGUACCAGAUUUUCCCGGCAAGUUCUGGAUGCCUUUCAGUUGAUCAGGAUGGCUGUGCCUUGUACACAUCGGAAGCAAAUAAUGAUGUCAUAACACACCCUACUAUCAGCAACAUGGAGCUGCAGCCUGCUGCGUAUUUUAUGAAAAGUACAUCGCCAGUCAUUUGUGAAGUCAUGGAUCCUGAAGGAAAUCGUUUCCAGGUAAUGGUGGAUGGUAAUACAUUUACUUUCACUCAUGAUGGAAAUCAGGAGAAAGAGGAAGAAGGUGCUCUACUUCAAGAACUCGUGAUUGAACAUGAGCCUGUCAUUUAUAAAAAACAUGCCCCAAGGUUUUUUAUUCUGCACGCUGAUGGCUCAGGGACUGAACUACUUCGAUCUAGUGAUGUAGAAGAAUACCUAUAUCAUGCAUACUAUUGUCCAACUACUGCCGUUCUAAAAGAACAGCUACCAGAAUUCCCAGCUGUCCUGGGUAUCACAUUUCUCCAGCCAUCCACUGAAGACAUUGGAUCACGCUGGUUAAUUAAAAAGGACAUAGACAACAUUAUCCCCCACAACCUUCGAUCAAGACAAUGGGACACAUUUCCUCAAGUAGAGUGCAAGAUCCCAGGACCACCUGUUGGCAUGCACCGUUUCACUCUGCAAACUGAGCAUGUCGACAUUUCAUCUCCUCCGGUCUUAAAGUGUCCCUCUGUUCUAGAAGUCCGUCAGCUAUUUCAAUAUGAGCCCAUAAACCCAGAAAUACGGCAAAGAUUGCAGAAUUGUCUUAAGAAGUACAUCGAACGCAGUCUACAAGAGGAAGAAGAACAAAAUGAAAUGGCACUUAAAGAGCCACGGAAUGACGAAGAGCUUCAGCAUGCUGCUGAUCUGCUCAAACUGGUUCGGUCCUUCUCUCAUGAAGAAGUGUGUCAAACAGAAGAGAAAGAAGCAAACAAAGUUGAUGUGGCCUCAAUUUAUGAGGAUGCUGUAAGAUCCACUGCAAAGAGCACACCAGAGACAGAUAGCUGUGAUUGGACGAAAGUAAACAUGGAAAGCAACAAAGAAUGGAAACAGACAUCUCGCUGGCCACAAAGAUUAGAACAAUACAGGCAAGAGCUUGAUGAAGUAAAAGGAACCAAACUAGCUCUUAAGAACAUGAUUGUUCCAUCAUACUUUCAGUCUGACGUGAGCAAGACCUUGGACUCAGCACAGGAGCUUGAAAUGGAUGAUUUAUCAGAGUCAUUUCGAAUUAAUCAGAAGAUGAAGGUGCCAGAGUUUUUUAAGGAUUUGGUUUCAGCUUCCCCUAAUACAGGUACAGAUGUUAGUAACCAAUCAACAUAUCCAAUGCCAGAACACACAAGGACAGACACAGACAAAAGACCAGAUAACUUAACACAGAUUGUAAUUUCUCCUUCUCAAUAUGCCACAGAAGAUGUUAGCAACAGGUCAGCUUAUCCAAUGCCAUUUCAUGGAACAGUGACAGAUACGUGCAACUUCCAAAGUUCAGACAAUACAAUCCAACAGGCAGCGCUCUCUCAGUGUCAACAUUCCCCUCCAGAUAAUUGUAACAGGCUCCUUAAUCAGACCUGUCCUCACGAAACAGAGGCAAAGACAACUUGUCCAAUGAGACCUGAUGUUCAACAGCCACAGACAAUGACACCUUCAUGCCAUUCUACUCCAUCAAAUUGCCUUGUACAAAGAGCUGAUGAGCAACCUUCUGAGAAGAUAUACAACUGUUGUUUCUUGCACAAACCGCUUUCCAUUCCUGUAGAUGUCUUGAAAGACAUUAGCUCAAAAAAUCAAGUGGUGGAAUACAGACCUGAAGAGCUACCAGCUGAUGGAAAUAACAUCAUGUUCAACAAAAGCCUGAUAAUUGAUGCUGCUAACCAGCCAAGGAGAGAGAAAAUAAAACUCCCAGCAGCCAUUUUAAGCUCAAAGCCAGGUUCACUACCAAAUCAGAGGUUUACUGUUAUUGAAGAACCAGUCAGAAGAAAAGUCAAUACAGUAUCAAUUGCUGCUCCCAUAGCAGGUGGUAUAUUAGCAAAACCAACUCGAGGCUUUGAACUGUUUCCAAGAAAGAUGAACUUUGGUGUCCUUCAAGAGGGUUUUACCUAUGCGUACACCGUCAAGCUGAAGAACGUUGGAAUAGACACUUGCAGAUUUCGAGUGAAGCAGCCUCCACCCAGCACUGGACUCAGAGUGUGUUUUAAACCGGGACCUGUGGCGGCAGGGCUGGCGACUGAGUUGGAAAUUGUGCUUUAUGCCAUAGCGAUUGGCUUGGAAAGUACUGAAGGAGCAGGGCACGUUUGUCAUCACCUAGAAAUCCAGACCGAAGCAGAAGAAUUGUUCCUUCCCAUUAUCGCAACAGUUUUAACGGAAAGUGUUUACAAGAACAGACCAAAAGACUUUCCAAAAGGUGGAAAAGCUGCAGGAGUGCGUCUGAUCAGCACUGACCCUACCUCCCACAUGGACAUCAUAAGGCCUCGCAAACCUCCAGCAGAAGGCUCAGUCAAUACCUUCCUCCUGUGUGGAUCUUAAAGCUCCAAUCUAUCGUGAAACAGACAAUUCCAGCACUAGUCAAUUUUUCUUUAUUUUUGCGAGUUGCCAUUGAUUCAAACCAAGAAUUUAUGAUUUUGAUAAAAUAAUUUUCUUGUAAUAACAAAAAGUGCUUUUACAUCAAACUUUCUAAUACACAUUUUUGAAGAAUUUGUUUUGUAGCUUUAAUGUUGCAAUGAUGACAAUAAAACUAAUAAUAUCUAA